AUGUCGAAUUUUCUGAAAAUGUUUCGAUCGAAGAAAGGAGGCGAUAAAGAAAAUGACGCGCCUACUGAGGAGGAAUCAAGUGGACAUCGUUUAUCAUCACGUGGCAGUGUAAGACGUGAUGCCAAACGUUAUUCGUCCAGAUUCACCGAUGACACAUUCUUGAAGCCAUCUGCACCCUAUCAUACUGUAACCCAGCCUAAGCAGACUAAAGGAUCUCGAUCGUGUGUGGGUGUGGGUCGCGAUGAAUACGAUCAUUUUAGAUUUGAGCAGCCUUUUAGAGAGAGGAACGGUUCAAGAUACAACAACAAACGAUUGUACAGUAAUGCGUCAGAAUUUGGAAGAGAGACAAACUUGUCGUCUUCGAUCAAUAUCAACACUUAUGACCCUGAAUUGGGUGAUUCAGAUGAUUCUUAUGACUCAAUACGGAGAUCGAGAACACUGAAGAGUGAUGACACUAUCAAGGCACUGGAAGCAAAACUAGAGUCGUUUGCUUAUCGACUGCGUAAAGAGGAGGAUAAAAAGAACGCUUAUAAGCAGAAACUGAUGUCCGAAAGGAUAAUCCGACAGCAUGUGGAGGCGAAAUUCGUGGAGGAUAUUCAGAGAUUGACGAAAUUAAUUGACACGUUGAAGAACGAAAACAAAAGUUAUCGAAAUAAGAUCAACAGCCUCGAAUCGGUACUUGAUUCUGCUCACCUGAUUUCACAGUUAAAGGAGUCAAAACAUAUGAGCCGUGAUUUGAAACUUCGCAAUGAAUCAGCGAUGAACACUCACCACUUCACAACCACCAACACACCGUCAUCUCUGUUCAAUUCUCCACCGUCCACCUCUAACGAACAGUCAUCGCUGAAUGGUGCCGGUGAGAUUCUGUGCACUGCAUCUGGAUCAACACUACCCAUUCAUUCGAUUGUAAAUCCGUUCAAUUCAACCGAUGAUAUCGAUGAAGUGAAAAACUUUCGUAUUAGUGAGGUGCGUUCAUUUGUAUUACUAAGUGUUCAGGAAUUUCUUGACGUAAUGCAUCAGUAUCAACGAUAUCUUUAA